AUGUCUUACAAAAUUUGAUGAUUUCUUAUGCAAUCUUGCUACACGAUCUUUUUGGCAAGACCUUGUAAGAUCUUAUCUAAAGAUCAUGUAUGAUCUUGCGGAAUCUUUUAACUUCUUCUUGUAAGAUUUUACAACGUCCACAUUUCAUCGGCGUUUCAUUUAUUACCAAACUAGCAGGAAGUAAUCUUGUAACAAAAAGUUAAUUUUGAAAAUUACAAUCCAAGUAUUAUUACUGAGUAAAUAUUAUUACAGUGAAUUGGAUUGAAACAGUAUACAAUAAAUUUUAAAUGUUAUCUGAAGAAACACAUCGAUUUUGAGAACAAAUAUACUGUAAUUAGGAAAAUUUUGAAAAAAUCAAAAAAUAAUCACACAGAAUUGCUCAUCCACACGAGUUCACACAACCUCUCUCUCUACCUUCUUUCCUUCCGCUGUUAAUUUUGUUGGAAAUACUAACGGAACUAUCUUUAUCUUAUUCAUACAUGUUAAUUAUGUGAGCAUUUAUGGGUUGCAAAUACUAUAAUGACUGCUAAUUGCGGCAAUAGAGAAAAAUAUUAAUAAACUUUUGGCUAGUGGUUGAAUUAUAAUAAGGAAACAGAAGCCUGAGAAUUUCAAACAAAAUCGAUAUCUCGAUACCAAUAUAUGUCAAGACUAGACAUAUUAUAUAUGGAUUGUUUUUCGAACGCGAGAUAUAUUUUUCAUAACCGCACCGUUUCGGUUCCUUAUGCGGAAUCCAAACAAAUAGAUUCCCAACUUAGAACAAAACUGCGGUUCUCGGUUCUCAGCUUAGGACCGGAAAAUAAUUUUUCAGGCAGCAAGAACUCAACCAAAUACAAUUCAUGUUAUAGUAAACGAAAGGAUUCUCUUAAAUGAUGAUGUGGAAGCGAACUGCGGUUUCGGUUCUUCACGAGAACCGAACAUCCCCAGAUACAGGUGUACGCUCAUCUUGGCCAGAUUUUUUACUUUUCCGCUUGUCUUAUCAUUUCGUGGACGUGUAGAAGUCUUACCUUGAGAUCAGUUCCAUAAACCAUUCCUCAGAUUCCUUAGGUAUGAUAAAAAUUUGUUCUUCUGCUCUUUUUCGCGUCUAGUAUAAAGAAAUCAUGUGGAACUUUAUUUUGAUUACAAUUUAUUUCAUCCUGCAACAACGGCAGUAUUGUUCAUCAAUAUUUUUCUCAAGAACUGAUUUAUGUCUAUUAGUUCAAACAAAUUAUUCAUGUCAGUGUAUUGGUCAAACACUCUAUUGUUAUGAUUUAAAACUAAAACAUAUUCCACAGUUACCGAUGUCAAGCAAAUUUAUUCAAUGGGACAGUUGGAUAUUAGCAAAAAAUAACUUUAAGUAUCUGUUAGCUCGUUCAUUUGCAGGUCAUACUAUUUAUACAAUCGAUUUAGAUUCAAAUCAUCUUUUAUCGAUCGAAGCAAAUGCAUUCAAUGGUAUCAAUGGUUCAUCAUUACGUCAGUUAAUUUUAUCGAACAAUAAUUUAAGUCAUGUACAUCCAUCUGUAUUUCAACAUGUACCCAAUAUACAAAAAUUAUUUUUAAAUAACAAUCAAUUUCGAUCAUCGACAACAGUUUUCUAUUUGAACAAUUUAGAAGUACUCGAAUUAGAUCAACAACAGAAUGAUGAAGAGGAAUUUUUACCCGAUUUAUCCGCAGUCAUAUCACUUACUGCAUUAAGUUUAAAAUCAAAUCGUAUUAGAAAUUUAAAAUCAUCGAAUAUAUUUCCAUCCAAUUUACAAUCGUUAAAAUUAACAGAUAAUUUAAUUGAUCGUUUAUCACCUCGUUUAUUUCGUUUUGUACCAAAUUUACGCUAUCUAUAUUUGGAUUUAAAUAUAAUCGAAACAAUAGAUCCUGAUACCUUCUUGGAUACACGCUAUUUACUCGAACUCAAUUUAGCCGGUAAUCGACUUACUUUAAUUCCUGAUCGUACCGUAUUAGAAAAAUUACCAUAUUUAAAAAUAUUGAAUUUAUCAUCAAAUCUAUUAACGCAUCUUCUGCCAAAUUCAUUUGAUACUCUGUUAAAUUUAGAAGAAUUAUAUUUAAGUCAAAAUCAAAUAUAUUCAAUAUCGCCAUAUACGUUUUGUAUAGAUCAAAAUCCUUUUCAGUCAUUGUUAUCUAUUGAUUUAUCAUUAAAUCGAUUAAAAACUGUAGACUAUUGUACAUUUUCUGAUAAGAAUAUUGCAUUUAUCAAUUUUGAUCAUUCAAAACAGAUUCGUUGUUCAUGUUCAUUAAAUAAAUUAAAAUCGAUUGAUCAUAUUGAACUCAAAGGCUAUUGUAAUUUAAAUCAACAUAUAAUGUCAUUACCGUCGGAUAAAUUUGAAAAAUGUUUAAAUUGGACUAGAGACGAAUGUAAAAAUAGUUGUGGAUAUUCAAACACUCUUGAUUUAAAAACAGCAAGAAUGCCUCGUCAACCAAAAGCUGUCAAAGAUCCUAAUGCUCCUAAACGUCCACUAUCAACAUUUUUUUUGUUUUCUCAAGAUGAACGUCCAAAAAUAAAAAAGGAUAAUCCAUCGUUAUCAGUUGCUGAAAUAGCUAAAGUUAUUGGUGAACGUUGGCGCGGGAUCGGAGAUGAUGCUAAACGAAAGUACGAAGAAAGAGCCAAGACUGAAAAAGCUCGAUAUGAAAAAGAAUUGGCGGAUUACAAAGCAUCAAAAUAG